AUGGCGGAGCUCCACGAUAUAUCCUCUUUUGAAGAUGAAAUGAACCAGCCUCCGGGAACGUUCAAGCUGAUUCGAGAGGAUGAGACAGAUGAAAACGGCCAACGCAUUAUCGUUCUCGAUCCAAUUCCAUCGUUUGACCCAAAUGAACCUCUAAACUGGAGCACGAUGCGUAAAACAGUCAAUUUCACGAUUGUUUUGGCCAUGACACUUAUCAUCUUCACGGCAAUUUCCAUCCAAGCCAUCUUUUGGCAGCAGAUGACAAUUGACAUGGAAGUCACCUACGAAGAACUGAACAAAGCGAUGUCGGUAAAUUAUGUUGGUCUCGCAACUGGCUGCAUCUUCUUUAUUCCCUUCGCGAAAAAGUAUGGCCGACGUCCAGUCUAUAUCGUGUCAACUGCACUGCUGUUGGCGACAUCAUUCUGGUCAUCUAAAAUGGUCAGUUUGACAGAGCUGUAUGUGACCAAUUUGCUGCAGGGGUUGGCUGGUGCAACCAACGAGUCGAUAGCUGCGAUAACAAUUGCCGACUUAUUCUUUGUGCAUCAUCGGGGGAGUAUGAAUGGGCUAUACCUGACAUGUGUCAUGAUUGGUAACUUCUUGACCCCCAUGGCUGCAGGAGCGCAAGCCACAAAGCAUGGCUGGCGCUCGUCCUAUCAGACGAUGGGGAUAUUCAACGGUAUCCUUUUUGUCAUCUUCCUCUUCAUCUACGAGGAAACGAAAUACGUCCCUGCAUUCACUAGUCAAGCCGGCGCUACCCUUGAAGAAGAAGACCCAGCCAUCUCAAUCAGAGAAGAUAAUCUAGACAAAUUUGACUCGGCGCCUGCAGCCAAAGGCCCUUCUAUCACUGAACAGGCUCGUUCCCACCAUGUGCUGGAUAUCACAAUACCGCAGAACUCAUGGCGCAAGCGACUUGCCCUGGUAACGCCAACACCGGAGCCAAUCUGGUCGUCCUUCUACAGCCCCUUCUGCGUGCUCAUCUUUCCGGCCGUGGUAUUUGCCGCGCUCCAAUACGCAGCUGGAGUAGCCUGGCUGACGGCAACCUCUAGCGUCCUGUCGCUCGCAUUCCCAGAGCCACCGUAUCUCUUCUCACCUGCUCAAAUUGGAUACACUAGUGCUGGUCCCCUGGUCGGGAAUAUCAUCGGUGCAGUAUACGGCGGGUUCCUCGGUGAUCGGUCGAUUUUGUACUACGCAAAACGGAACAAAGGCUAUUACGAGCCCGAGAUGCGGUUGUACAUAUUACACCUUCCGGCUAUUUUCAUGACCGUCAAGAUUUGCAUUCGGGCUGAGGCUCUGUUGAUGAGUGCCUUCUUCGGGUUUGGACUGGGCAGUAUUAGUGAUGCUGCAUUGGUGUCAGUCAUGGACAGUUACAGAGAGAUCACCGGUGAUGCUUUUACCGCUAUGGCGUUCAUGCGAAACGCGGUCAGUAUCGGCAUUCCAUUCGCGAUCUCUCCCUGGAUCCAGCGAAAUGGCAUACAGAAUAUGUUUAUAGCGUGCGGAAUGAUGAGUCUAGCAGUCACUGGGACGAUCAUCCCAAUGAUCGUCUGGGGUAAGUCUGCUCGGCGCGCAUUGACAGGCCGAUAUCACGAUAUCGUGAAGCAUGGUCACGCUGUUUGA